CUAUAAUCACAAUCCGUGGUCACACGGCGCACCAGUCAAAUAUCGUCUGAAAUCUGUCUUCAUUCAAAAUCUACAUAGCUGGAUUUCUGGCAUGUCAGCAUUGACGUGCGUUACAUUCUCCGAGUUUGUGGGACCGAUGUGGGCAACCUAGUGAGAUAUCCAGAUUUUGACUGUCAUCCUGGAUAUUUUCCCCAUCAACGAGGGCAAAUCAGUGCGAAGAUCCAUUUUAUUUAUAUUCAGCAAACCCAACUCAGACUUUGCACGGCUCACUAGAAAGCAUACUCUCUGCCAUAUGAUACGCUUCAACUUUCUUUUCUUUCUUUUUGAAUUUCUCGAAACGAAUGUUGAUAGGCCCCAAAAAAUAGUAUACUCACCCACCCCUCUCUCAUCACAAGGACCCGCGGUCCGCGGAAGCCAUUACUCCACCCCAGCCAAGACGCAAGGAAGGGUCCAAGGCCACUCUAGAAGCGUUAAGCACACUAGAGUGUCUUAGCGCAAGGAACCGCCCUUUAGCGGCUUGUCCAGGCAACCCCCAUAAAAUGGCAUUGUCCACUUCCGUUGAUUCCCUCAAUAUUGCAACCUAAUUUACAACCCUAUUCAUAGAGUGAAACCGGGAAAAUCGAAAAUGUCACCCGCAUUACCAGGGAAAACCGAUUACACACGAUGGCGACUAUUGAACGAGGACGGCCGACACACAUGGCACUACCUGGAAGAUGACGAGUCUGUGCGAAAAUGGCCCCAGACGGUAGCCGAUAAAUACUAUCUUGGACUACCACUGAACCUCCCUGAUCUCCCACAGCCAAAGUCCCCCUUAGAAACAGUCCAGAAUGGCCUUACAUUCUUCUCUAAGCUGCAACUCUCCGCUGGAAACUGGGGCUGUGAGUACGGUGGCCCGAUGUUCCUGAUCCCCUGCAUCGUCUUCGCCUGGACCGCAACGGCAACCCCGAUCCCCUGGUCCUAUGCUACGGAGAUCAAGAAUUAUCUCUUUGCGCGGGCCAACCCAGUCGACGGGGGCUGGGGCCUGCACACUGAGGGCGAAAGCACCGUGUUUGGCACGAGCCUAAACUACACCGUCCUCCGCCUGCUCGGCGUCCCCGCCGACCACGAGGUAAUGAUUAAGGCCCGCACCCUGCUGCACAAGCACGGCGGCGCCAUGUACGCACCCCACUGGGCCAAGUUUUGGCUGGCGCUACUCGGCAUCGCAGACUGGGAUAUCGUCAACCCUAUCCCGCCUGAGACAUGGUUAUUGCCCGACUGGGUGCCUGUCGCACCGUGGCGGUGGUGGAUACAUAUGCGGCAGGUGUUUCUGCCAAUGUCAUUCAUUUGGUCGAGACGGUGGACUAUGCCUGAGACAGAGGUGAUCCGGUCAUUACGAAAUGAGUUGUUCACUCAGGAUUGGGGGAGUAUUGAUUGGAAGGGGAAUCGAAACUCCAUUGCCAAGAUUGACAACUAUCAUCCGAAGACAUGGGUACUCGGUUCUGUGAACUGGUGGUUGAGCGAGGUAUGGAUGCCUUUUUUGAGGCCGCGGUUUGUGGCUACCUGGGCUGAGGAGUGGGUGAGUAAACUGGUGGACAUGGAGGAUGAAAACUCAGAUUACGCUGAUUUGGCAUCUGUGAAUGGGCCGUUGAACAUGGUGGUUUGUUUCAUAAGGGAUGGUGGUGAUGCGUACUCCGUCAGGAGACAUCGGGAGCGGUUGGAGGACUUCCUAUGGGUUAAUAAGGAGGGGAUGCUAGUGAAUGGGACGAAUGGGGUGCAGUGUUGGGAUACAGCGUUUCUGGUGCAAGCUGUCCAAGCCGCUGGUUUGGCGGAGAGUGAGGAGUGGAGGCCUAUGUUGGUGCGGGCGUUGGAGUUCCUGGACCGCCAGCAGAUGAGGGAGAAUUGUCAGGAUCAGGAACUUUGUUAUCGCCAUCCGCGGAAGGGGGCUUGGGGGUUCAGCAAUAAGGAUCAAGGAUAUGCUGUGUGCGAUUGUAUCUCGGAAGCCUUGAAGUCAGUGAUUCUUCUUCAAAAAACCCCAGGAUACCCGCAGCUGCUUGAGGACCGGAGAAUUUUUGAUGCGGUUGACACGUUGCUCACUUAUCAGAACCCCUCUGGUGGGUGCUCAUCUUAUGAGCAGACUAGAGGUGGGGAAUACCUGGAAAUUUUCAAUGCUGCAGAGGUGUUUGGACGGAUCAUGGUCGAGUAUGAUUAUCCAGAGUGCACGACUGCCGUGGUCACGGCAUUGACAUUGUUCAAGAAGCACUGGCCGGAUUACCGAUCGAAGGCAAUCGAGGUCUUCAUCCAGCGAGCGCUGGGGUAUAUCAAGAAAGCACAGUUCCCUGACGGAAGCUGGUAUGGAAGCUGGGCUGUCUGCUUCACAUAUGGCACUAUGUUCGCCCUGGAAAGUCUGGCAUCAGUAGGAGAAAAAUACCAAAAUAGCGAGUACGUCAAGAAGGCAUGUCACUUUCUACUAUCCAAGCAGAGAGACGACGGUGGAUGGUCUGAAAGCUGCGAGGGCUGUCGACAAAUCAAGUACAUCGAGCACCCAAGCGGCUCUCAAGUCGUGCAAACGGCAUAUGCGGUCAUCGGUUUACUCUCGGCUGAGUAUCCGGACAUGAAACCUAUAGAGAAAGCUGUACGACUGAUAAUGGCGAGACAACAGCCCAAUGGUGAGUGGCCGCAGGAGGCCAUCGAGGGCAUGUUUAAUAAGACAUGUGCCAUCUCCUACCCUAAUUACAAGUUUACGUUUACAAUGCUGGCGUUGGGGAAGUUUGCUCAGAUGUAUCCUGACUACAGACUUGAUUGAUUCUUGAGACUAUAUUAUCCUAAUUCUGUACUUGCUUUCACUUUCUACGCGGCCAUGAGUUACCAUAUCUACUUCACAUGUUCUACAUUUCUGUUGAACCUCAAUUUGACUAGAAGUAGUAUAUAACAUGAUAUGUAUAUACCACAUGAACAUUAGACGAACGAGAAAACAAACUAUAU